UGCAGCCUAGCGGUCGUCCUCUAGUGGCUGUUUAGACACUGACACUGUUUACACCCGUCGCAGAAAAAUUCAAACAGGUUAAAGUGAUAUUAGUGUUGACAUUAUAAUGAAGUCAUAAUACGAAAACAUCCCCAUUUCAGUAUUUGGAAUUUUUUAUUUAAUGUAAAUGAAUGCACUAGGCUGUGUGUUUGCUUCUCGUUCAGCUGUAGGAGAGUCAUGUUAGUGCACUUCUGAAAGUGAAAGUAAAACUACUGACGGAGAAGGGAAGGAAGCGUUAAGGUUUAGCUGUAAGCUGCUCGAAUCUUGGGAAGAGUUCACUUACAUUCAAGAGGAACUAUGAACCAAGCAGCUGUUGCAUGCUGAAAGAGCCACCAGAGUCUCCGUGGCAGUCCUGGGAUUUGAAAUCAUCUCCUGAUCACUAGCUCAUGAUGGCUGGCCCGGCUUUAGGCUCCGCAUGGCGUGCAUACGGAGCUCUCCUUUUCCUCGACCUGAUCCUCUGGCUCUCCCUGUUGACCGCACUUCUGUGCUCUCAAGGGGCUUUGCUCGUCAACCUGACGUGGCUGUGGGCUUUCAGGGCUUUCAGCUGGAUUCUGCUUCACAUAGUCAGUUCAGCCAGCCUGGACAAGACCAUACACAAUCUUCUGAAGCCCUGGGUAGCGUUACUGUGUUUUGCACCUCCUGUGUUUGAUAUGGUGCAAACACUAGUUCUAGGAGGGAGGUGCGGCUUUAGUCCUGUGCCUGUGCCCUCCAUGGUGGUUUUAACUGCAGUGAUUGGCACUCUGGUCCAUCUGAUGUGGGACAAGGCAUUCCCUAGUAAAAAGGUGAAGAAAGAGCAAGAAGCCAAGGUCCUCCUGAUGAGAGUGAUUCACUACUCAAAACCAGACUACCUUCACCUCGGGGCGGCGUUUUUCUUUCUCAUCUUGGCUGCGUUAUUUGAGUCGAGUAUUCCGUACUACGUGGGUAAAAUCAUUGAUGGUUUGAGUGGAGAAUACAAGCACGACAACUUCUUGUGGGCCAUUGCAUGCAUGUCAUUUUAUUCUUUUGGAAGUUCUAUGUUCACUGGCUUGAGAGGAGGCAUGUUCAUGUGUAGCCUGAGCAGACUAAACAAGAGAAUUCGGCACAUGCUGUUUCAGAACCUGAUCAAACAGGACAUCUGCUUCUUUGAAGAAAAUAAACCAGGAAGCUUGACAUCGCGGCUGGUUUCAGACACUGAUAAAAUGGGCCGCUCUAUCGCCAUGAAUUCGAAUGUGCUCCUGAGGAGUCUGGUUAAGACGUGUAGCAUGCUUGUGCAGAUGCUCAGCCUGUCCUGGCAGCUCACACUCCUUACCUGUGUGGAGAUGCCUCUUCUCGCUGUGCUACAGAACCAUUACAGCAUUCACUACCAGAAAACAUCGAGGGAACUGCAGGACUGCAUGGCUGAAAUUGAGCAGUUGGCAUCUUCUGCUAUCAGGUCUAUAAAGACGGUGCGGAGCUUCAGGGCUGAGGCUCAGGAGCUGAAGAGGUACCAGGAGGCUCUGGACAGGAAGCUUAAGAUACUGAAACGCAAGGGCAUUUUCAGUGCAGUCCACCUCCUUCUGCGUAGAUGUCUAACGGUGAGCUUGAGGGUGGCUAUGCUGCUUCUUGGUCGGCGCCUCAUCAUCUCGGGUCAGCUAAGCAGUGGGAGCCUCCUGGCUUUUGUGCUGUAUCAAAAAGACAUGUUGACCAACAUGAGGCAACUGGUGUAUGUCUAUGGAGACAUUCUGAACACAGUGUGGUCAGCAGAGAAGGUGUUUAAGCUGCUAGACAGAAAACCGAACAUGCGCGAAGCAGGCGAGUGGAUACCUGAGAAACUGGAAGGAAGAAUUACCUUUGAUAACGUCACCCUCUCUUACCCAUCCCGUCCUGAAUGGAAAGCACUUAAGUCUGUGAAUAUAGAGCUGAGUCCGGGGAAGAUGACAGCAUUGGUUGGCCCAUCUGGUGGAGGUAAAACCUCUUGCGUCAGUCUGCUGCAGAGGUUUUAUGAGCCUCAGCAGGGCCAUGUGCUACUGGACGGCGCACCACUUAAUGAGUACCAACACCAGUACCUGUGCAGCCAGAUGGCAGCUGUGUCUCAGAACCCAGUGCUGUUCUCUGGCUCUGUGAAAUACAACAUUGCAUAUGGCCUACGUGACUGCACCAUAGAGAAGGUGGAGGAGGCAGCGAAGAAAGCCAACGCGCAUGACUUUAUAUGCAGAUUGGACAAAGGCUAUGAUACAGAUGUUGGAGAGUCUGGUGGGCAGCUGUCCUCAGGACAGAAGCAGUGUAUUGCUAUAGCUCGAGUGUUGAUCAGAAAUCCAAAAAUCCUCAUUUUGGAUGAAGCUACCAGCAACUUGGAUAUCAACACUCAGCAUGCGGUUCAGGAAGUCCUCUCUGGCUCAAAGAGUCAGACAAUGCUGGUGGUCGCUCAUCGUCUGCAGACUAUCGAGAGAGCCGAUCACAUCAUCUACAUGGAAGACGGGAUGGUCAUGGAGCAAGGAACGCACGAGCAGCUUAUGGACAAAAGAGGACGAUAUUUCCAUCUUAGGGAAAAACUGUUUGCAGUGGAUUCAGACCAAGACUGAGCAGAUUCAUUACCAUUAAAUAUGAAUUUGCAAGCAUCAACUAUAUGUGGAAGUAAUAAGAUCAAUUUAAAACAAUUAUUUCAUAAUUGGUAUUAUACUAGUGGAUAAAUCAAAUAACCCAGCUGCCCAGGACAAUUGGGGAUUAUGUAUCUGCUUAUGAAUUUCUAUUUUCCGGCCAUCAAAUUCCUCAUUUGGCUGUUGCUAUAACAGUCACCAGCAAUUAUCAUACCCAUUCAUAAACCAAAGAAAAGUCCCUGCAUAGCUUUAGUUGCUACGCAACAUUUUAAUUUCAUGUACUUUUCAAUAUAAACACACUCCUCUUUAUUCUAUUACUGGUGGGUUGAGUCAAUCUGGUAGUGCAUCAGCCAAUUUUUGACUAUUCGACUACUGAUUAUUAUUUUUUUUUAUCUGUUUAAGUUCCUCAGGGGUGGGGGCACUCAAAUUAAUGCUGUAAGCAUGCUACGUAUUCUCUAAAAAUCUCAAAAGUGUUGCUCGUAUUUUUUCUUACUUUUUUUUAGUAUUGUAAUUUACAUAACAAAUUACAAUCAAUUUUCUAGAGGAUAAUAUGACUAUUAUUACAGAAUGUGAAACCAUCAAGCUGCAUAUAAAUAUGCUCUCAUAUAAGUGAUGAUUAUUGUGUUUUCAAAAAAAACCAUUGGACAAAAAAAACAAACAGAUGAAUUGAUUUGUCCACAAUUUUGUUAACACUAAUGAGUCAUAAACCAUCAAAAUUUGCACUGUGCUUCGUUUAAGUAGACUCAAGGUUGCGGGAGACAUUUCUGAUGUGGAUUCUCUCAGUAAUAGUUGUGCAUUAAAGCAUAUCUGUGAUUUAAGAACAGCAAAA